GCUCCGGAGAGACUGAAAAGCAAGAGAGAUGCAAGAGACGCUAUAAGAGAGAGUUUGGAGCAACUUUUGAUAAAGACAGCACGAAUAAAGGAGCGCGAGUGUAGCCGAAGACAGGGACUGUCCUCUUUUUUUAUAAAGACUGAGCGUCACUGCAGACGGCAUCACCAUCGUCUUCACCAUCUGUGUCUAAUAAGCGGAGAGAACAAAUCUGGAAUCUGGAUUUGCGUUAAGAAAGGUUGUGUUUCUGUGACGGCUGAUCAGCCAUGAUCCUGAACACCUCUGAUCUGGGCUGGGAUGAGUCCUCAGGUGCUGAAUCCUUCUUCCCUCUGGACCUGCUGGAUAGGUCCCCCAAAUAUGAAGUCCCACCCCUCACCGUGUGGGGUGUGGCCCUGUGUGUUUCAGGAACUCUCAUCGCAGCUGAAAAUGCAAUAGUGGUCACCACCAUCUUGGCCACCCCGUCUCUUCGUGCCCCUGUUUUCCUGCUACUUGCGAGCCUCGGACUGGCUGACCUCCUGGCGGGUGUUGCUCUGAUCCUGCACUUCCUCUUCCUGUUCUGCGUGGAGCCCAGCGAGUGGUCAGAAUUGGUGACCUCUGGACUGCUGGUAACAUCACUCACUGCCUCACUCUGUAGCCUGAUGGGUGUCGCUUUGGACCGAUACCUGUCCUUAAGCCAAGCCCUCACCUAUGGUUCAAGCCAAUCUCGUCACAGAGCCGCCAUCCUUCUGCUGCUGGUCUGGUUGGGUGCUUGCAUCAUAGGGGCGGGGCCUGCGAUGGGGUGGCACUGUCUGCAAGAGCCAAACUCCUGUUCUGUAGCAAGACCUCUGACCCGGACAUACCUAUCACUUCUGUGUGGUGGCUUCCUGGUGGUUGUCAUGAUAACACUACAAUUGUAUGCUGGGAUCUGCCGUGUUGCCAGGCGGCAUGCCCAUGCCAUCGCUACCCAGAGGCACUUCCUACCUGCCAACCAAUCAUAUGCAAGCAAACACAGCAGUGGGAGGGGCUUCUCUCGGUUGAUCCUGGUGCUCAGUGUGUUUGUGGGCUGCUGGAUGCCUUUCUCACUCUGGGGGCUGCUGGGAGAUGCUUCCAGCCCUCCUCUAUACACCUAUGCCACCCUGGUGCCAGCGGCAGGGAGCUCGCUGCUGAACCCAAUCCUCUACAGUCUGAGACACAAAGACAUUCGCAAGGUGCUGCUCCAGGCCUGCUGCCCCAACAGAUACACACAAAACCCGCACACACACAACCCCGUUGAUGUGUAGACUGCCAAACAUUGCCAAAACACACAAUCUAUGCCAGACAUAUCACUGUUUGUGUGCCAAGAUACACACAUAGCUGCAUUGACUAUCAUCCAAGUCCAGAACAUGAAGUCCAAUACUCCCACACGUGCAAGCAGCACUUCUCUGAGAGAUGAAGGCCUUCUGAGUAUCAGAAUGUCCUGCACCGCCCUGGCGAGCGGCCAUCUUUGGACUGAAUCGAAACAUACUGUCUUUUGAGUACUUUGUGCCUCGUCCUCAGCCAAUUGUAGAUCCACUGGAUCCCCAAACUGAAACAAUCACAGGGACAUUAUAUUUACCACCACUCUUUGAGGGUGGCUAUAAUGACCUUUGGCACUUUAAUGCGAUGAGAGAGGAUGUGUUUUUAAAUGUAUAUCUAUCACAGUUUGAUGAUGUAUGUGAUCCAAAGCCCAAUUUGAUUUACUUGAAUCUGUAGAAAACACAAUGUUCUAGACCUAGACCUCUAGAGUCUAUUUUGCACAUGCUGUUGAAGGCACUUGAGAGGUACUGACCAGUUGUUCAUGUUGCACAGCCUUUUUGAAAUGAAUGAAUAUUUUAUACUGAUGAAUAAUAAAUAUGUCUUUUUCUACCA